UGCGCGUUUGAAAUAUGAUAAUUUUGUUGAUAUGCUAUGCUAGCUAGCUAGCGGAGUUAUUUUUGCAUGUUUGGUUACCAUUAACUUUCCUCUCUUCACUGUCUCGCCACUGUAUCAAGAGAAAACAGAAAACGCUCUGCAUGAAGGGCUGAUGGAAAACGCAAGAGAUUUGGCUGAACGGACUGUUCGUUCAGAAAGGAAGAGGCGGGACUCGUUUGGGAUGUUCGAUGGCUAUGACAGCUGCAGUGAGGAUUCUAGCAGUAGCUCGAGCUCUGAGGACAGUGAUGAAGAGGUGCCCUCCCUCCCUGCCAGCCUGCCCAUCAUCAAGACCAACGGCCAGGUCUACACCUACCCCGAUGGGAAGGCAGGAAUGGCCACCUGUGAGAUGUGUGGGAUGGUGGGAGUGAGAGAUGCUUUCUACUCCAAAACCAAGCGCUUCUGCAGUGUAUCCUGUUCAAGGAGCUACUCAUCCAACUCUAAAAAAGCCAGCAUACUGGCCAGACUGCAGGGUAAACCACCAACGAAAAAGGCUAAAGUAUUACAGAAACAGCCUCUCAUGGCGAAGUUGGCUGCCUAUGCCCAGUACCAAGCCAACCAACAGUACCAAGCCAACCAACAGAAUCAAGUCAAAUCAAAAACGGUGAUUCCUGUGAAAGGCUUUGAUUGGGGACGCUACAUAGGCACCGGCGACAUUAACGGGGCACCUGUCGGCUGUUUCAAACAUGUUCCCAUGGGAACUUCUUGGGGUGACCUUGCAGAAGGGGUGAGGGUAGAGGUGCCCAAUACAGACAGCGGCCUGCCAAUGAAAGUGUACUGGAUAGCAGGAGUUAUCAAAUUAGCAGGCUUUAAGGCACUGCUACGGUACGAGGGGUUUGAUGGUGACUCUGGCAGGGAUUUCUGGUGUAACAUCUGUGUCCCUGACAUCCACCCGGUGGGCUGGUGUGCAGCAGGAGGAAAGCCCCUGGUUCCUCCCAAGUCCAUUCAGCACAAGUGCACCAACUGGAAAGCGUUUCUUGUGAAAUGCCUAACAGGAGCAAAGACUCUACCUAUUGAUUUCUCCACCAAGGUGCAGCAGAGCAUGCAGUUCCCCUUUAAGAAGCUGAUGCGUGUGGAGGUGGUGGAUAAGACUCACCUGUGCCGGACGCGGGUGGCCCUGGUAGAGCAGGUGAUCGGCGGUCGACUUCGGCUCGUCUACGAGGAGUGCUCGGACGGCUCGGAUGACUUCUGGUGCCACAUGUACAGCCCACUGAUACACAGCAUCGGCUGGUCCCGCGGCAUCGGACACCGCUUCAAGAGAUCGGAUGUUUCAAAGAAACUUGAUGGCCAAGUAGAUGCCCCAGGACAGCUUUUUGUGAAGGUGAAGGAUGUUGACCAGAGCGGGGAGUGGUUUAAAGAUGGCAUGAAGCUGGAGGCUAUUGACCCUCUGAAUCUAUCAGCUAUUUGUAUUGCUACUGUUAGAAAGGUCUUGGCGGAUGGAUACCUCAUGAUCGGAAUUGAUGGUUCCGAGGCAGCUGAUGGCUCUGACUGGUUCUGCUAUCACUCCACUUCUCCCUCUAUCUUUCCUGCUGGAUUCUGUGAAAUCAACACAAUUGAACUCACCCCUCCACGUGGGUACACAAAACUCCCAUUCAGAUGGUUUGACUACCUCAGGGAAACGGGUUCAGUGGCAGCUCCGGUGAAGCUCUUUAACAAGGAGGUUCCAAACCAUGGGUUCCGCCCUGGCAUGAAGCUGGAGGCUGUGGACCUGAUGGAACCCCGGCUGGUGUGUGUUGCCACAGUGACACGUAUUGUAUAUAGACUGCUGCGCAUCCAUUUUGACGGCUGGGAGGACGAGUAUGAUCAGUGGGUGGAUUGUGAAUCACCUGACCUCUACCCUGUGGGUUGGUGUCAGCUGACUGGCUACCAACUACAGCCACCAGCUGUGCUAGCCUCUAGAGAGCUCCCUCCGAGUGUGACAAAGCAGAAGAAGAAAUCCCAGCAGUACAAAGGCCAAAAGAAAAAGAGGAAGAUCCCCAUUGGCAAGCGGCCAGUGAGUUUGUCAGGGGUGGUAUUGAGUGGAGUGCCCCAGAGGAACCUAUCUGGAGACGAGAACAUGACCCCGCCAGACUACCCAUCUCCUCCCAUGCCAGCAUCUGCCCCGGGGAACGCACAGCCUCCCUCGGCAGCCCAGGAACUCGGCCCCAACGGAAAGCCAGGGGUAACGCUGAAGGAGGAGGUUCAGGAGACGGACGAGUUCAACUUCCCGCAGGGCACAGCCUCUGACCUAGAGAACAACGGCUCCGGCUGCAGUUACUACAUCAAACAGGAGCCCUGAGCCUCCGUGGGGCACUGCUGCACCCACCACCGGAGGGCCAGCCUGGGGGCAAGAAGGAGCCUGUCCACUCCCUCCUUCUCCACAGCACCAGAGACCAUGGGCCCUGGGUGGCAUCCCCACAACAUUAACAUGGAAGGUCACCAAGUGCUCCAAGAUGUGCCCAUAGAGAGAUUCAGGACAGAGCGGCUCAAAGACUAGUUCCAAACAGACAGCGGCAAACGGGGAGAGUAGAAAAUAAAGGGAAAAAAAGAGGUGCGUAAAUGACAACAACUUUACAUUUCAGUUCAGUUUUUUGUACUUAAAAAAAAAAUGUUUUGUACGACUUUUUCAAAUCCGAGAUCUUUUUGUGCAUCUCUCGUAUUCGUUACUUUGAGGUAGGGUAAUCUUUUGAUGGAUAAACUAUGUGAUGUUUGAGUGUAUAUAUAAUCAGAUUUUCCAAAAAACAGGGUGUAUGUACAGUUGAAGUCGGAAGUUUACAUACACUUAGGUUGGAGUCAUUAAAACUCAUUUUUUAACCACUCCACAAAUUUCAUGUUAACAAACUAUAGUU